AUGGCUAUGGGACAUGGGCAACAACGGGCCAUCCAUCCUUUCUUUCGAAGAGGUGAUUGUUCCCAUCUCGGAGCACCAACAGGCUCAAUUGCACCGUCACCUCUCACAGAACCUAAUACCAGUCUCGAUGGCCCAAAGAAACAAUCCCCCGCCAGCGAUGGCCCGAUCUUACCCCCUUGUCCUCAGCCAUCCGCUCCCGAUACCCCCCUCACGAUGUUAGACCACGACCCCAAUGCCAGUCGCAGAAAGAGGAGGAAAACUGACACACCCCUUGACCCUGCGACCGACACCGUUAUUGAGGCCCCUUCCGCCGAAGGCCUGGCCACGGCCAUGGACACAGCAGAACCCGAGCAAACACCGGCUGGCGAUGGCGCUGAACCAAACGCGAAUAAAGAUCAAUUACCCAGGAAAUCCUCGCCCAGGCAGAAGACAAUUAGUUUGAAUCCGAAUGGAAAGCUGCUGUCGUCGCCUGUCGGGAAUAAAUUCGAGGACAAGUCGAAGAAAAAGCGGACUGCCAAGCGCAAAGUCGAUGCGCAAAAACCGACGGGGGGGAGCAAGGUGGUCGUGAUCAAAUACGGAACUGACAAGGAGGCCAGGGACCGCGUUGGAAAACUGAUUGACGGUAUACUUAGUGGUCAGAAGCGACAUGGCCCUCCUACCAAACCUGCUGCCAAACCCGCUCCCGCCGCUCUCUCCGCAACCGGAUCAGCCCAACCAAAGAAGCCCACCCAUCCAUUUUUCAUGAAAAAGGCCGCGAACAAGUCCGAUGUUUCAGCUCCGCAAGCUCAUCCUCAGGAGCCCGGCCCCUCCCAGGGUGUCUCCGAGGGAACGAGUGAGAGUCCAGCCAGUCACGGAAAGGGCGGUUUAAAGCAGGCCUUUUCAACAUUCAGGCCGCGCCCAAAGUUCGUGGAAACUAUUAACCCAAUCUGGCCGCCUCGCGAUUUCACUCACGUCCGAGGUGUCCAAGAUGGCCUCGAUAGGAUGUGUGUUUCUCUGGAGUUGGAUAGAAAGAAGUCAAAGAUGGCGGCGGUCAGCAUUAGUGACCAGGAGAAUGUACUUCUACAUCUGUCGCGGAAAUACUCCGGGCAACCCCAGCAUGUCCUAAGGAUACCUUCACGACACCUUGCCAGUGGCAAGGUCCUACAAACAGCAGUCACUAGACAGCUAUCCAACUCCGCCACAGAAGACGACAAAACGCUGCUGGAUACCAGUCAUCCGGCCCUGCGGAGGCUUCAUGCCUCGAUUCCUGGUUCGAUGACUGCUUUUGAUCUGGGACAUUUUGACGUCCAUACUUGGUCACAAAAGUACGCCCCCCAAUCCGCCAAUCAAGUCCUUCAAGCCACCAAAGAAGUAUAUAUGCUGCGAGACUGGCUGAAGUACCUUACGAUCUCCGCAGUUGACACGGGCAAGUCGUCCAAGGAUGAUGAGAAAGCGAAGAAAAAGAUGGAGGAGAAGAAGCGGAAGCGACGCAAGAAGGAGCAUCUGGACGGCUUCAUUGUCUCCAGCGAGGACGAGGCGUACGAGCUGGACCCGGUGAAUGAUUCUGACGACGAGUUGGCGGGCGAUGUGACCACCAAACGAACUAUGAUCCGAUCCGGCGAUUUGACGCUCUCUGGAGGCGAGAAAAGUCGUACGUCCAAUGUUAUUCUCCUCAGCGGUCCUUCCGGGUGUGGGAAAACGGCAUCUAUCUACGCCGUGGCGAAGGAGCUUGACUUCGAAGUGUUUGAGAUCAAUCCGGGGAACCGUCGUAGCGCCAGAGACAUCGUGGAGCGCGUGGGUGACAUGACCCGGAAUCAUCUGGUGCACCCAACUGGCGAGGAAAGCACUCGUCAGGCCUCCGAACCACAUACUGAGGCCGUCGACGGCAGGCAAAACAAACUGGUGGGCUUCUUCAAAUCGCUCCCCGCUAAAGAGCAGAAGAAGGACGCCAAAGCUGCGGCAACCCCUACAGAGGCCGAUACGAAGAGAACUCGCAAUCAGAAACAGUCACUCAUCUUGUUAGAAGAGGCGGACGUUCUCUUCGAGGAGGAUAAGCAGUUCUGGUCCGGGGUUUUGACCCUCAUCAACCAGUCGAAAAGGCCCAUAAUCAUCACCUGCAACGACGAGAAUCUCAUUCCUCUCCAGGACAUCAACUUCCACGCGAUCCUUCGCUACCGGGCCCCUCCAAUGGACCUCGCUGUUGAUUAUCUGCUCCUCCUGACCGCAAAUGAAGGCCACAUGCUCAAGCGCAACGCGGUGGAGGACCUCUACAUGUGUACCGGCAAGGACGUCCGACGCACCAUCAUGGAGCUGGGCUUCUGGUGUCAAAUGGCGGUGGGCAGCGAGAAGUCCGGUCUCGAUUGGAUGGUCGAUCGAUGGCCCCAGGGGUCCGAUCUCGACAGGGAUGGGAAUCGGGUCCGUGUGCUCAGUUUGAACACAUACGAGCCGUACAUGGGCUGGUUCAGCCGCGACAUGUUAAUGUGUGACGAGACGGGGGGCGCGAUUGAAUCCCAGCAUGAGCUGCUUCACUGGUGGCAGCUCGGCCCGCAGGAUUCGGAGAGUCUGGUACGGUCGCCUGGAUCGCAGGCAGAAUUGAGUCCGUCGAUGUCGAAUCUGGAACGCCUUGACAAGAUCCGAGAGGAGUCCGAGCUGAUGGACAUGAGAAGCACCCUUGAUCUCCUCUGUUCCCCUUGCUCGGUUGACCCUAAAUUGGACAUUGCGGACAUAUCGGCCCCGCCUAUGCACGAGAAGCAGCGAGCCAGCUACACUGACGGCUAUACGUUGCUCGACACUUCUCUGGUGCCCGACUACUCAUCGAUUCCUGCCGCUAUUGCUUGUACCUUCGAGGUUCUCCUCGGGAAGGCCUUUCGAUCUGAUGAUAAGCAAGAUAAGGAAGCAUCGCAAGCCGCACACCUGCUGGGCAGUGUCAGCAGACCUCGCGCUGCGAACCCGGCUGGAGCGGAUUUACUCAAGGCUUUCGAGCCCAUCAAGCGGGCUGAAUGUGUAUUCCCUCCUCCCACGGGCCGGUUGGCUCCCUCGUUCGAGAACGGUCUCGGACCCAUCGCUGAGGAUCUGGGGCCGUAUAUUCGCGGCAUAAUGGCCUACGAUCUCCGGCUCGCACAGCAUCGCCACCAGCUGAGCGGGCUGCUUUCCGCCGACGCGACGGGCACCAAACGGUCUCGUCAGACCCGAGCGAGUCGUGCAGCCCUGGAAGGGGGCAAUAAAGCCUACACCCGUAGGGAGAGAUGGUUCCCGACGGAUGCCAAUCCGGGGCUGAUCCUGUCCACUGGCAAACAGGAAUGGCAGGACCUCUUGGUCCAAGCCGGUCAUUUCACGGUGCCCUCGGUCGGAGAGGUUCUAUCGCGUCGUGCCGGCCCUCGUCCGGUCAGUCGUGUCUGUCCGCUACUUAUCACUUCCUUGCCGACCGAGCUCCGCUUCGUCAUCCCCCCCCCAGUCGGACCAUCCCCCAGCUGCCAGCUCCCACCCACACCCACCCUGUCCUCCAUGUCGCUGUUCGGCACCUCUCCGGAGGACUCACCGCUGGCAAACUCUACCCAGCGCUCCAAGUCCUCUCUCUUCGCCGACGAGCCGUCCCAGGGCGGCAAUCCGGGCAACGCGGGCUCCUCCCUUUUUGCCGACGACGACAGCUCCGGCUCUCCCUGGCUCACUGGCACGAACAAGCGAACCUCUAAAUACGAGAUCGUCAAGACCCUCCUGCCCGACUCCGACGUCCCCGAGAGCUACAUCGAUGCCUACGACCUAGUGCUUAGUGCGGGGGAUCGCGUGGGAUCCGGCGUCGGCUUGACCUCCGUUCGGGAAAUACUGUCGGGCAGUGGGCUGAGCGCCACCGACCAGGCCAAAAUUCUGAAUCUGGUUGUCUCAGGCGACCUGGACAGCGCAAACGGUCUUGGUCGCGGCGAAUUCAGCGUGCUGCUAGCGCUCGUGGGUCUGGCGCAGGAGGGCGAGGACCUGACCUUCGAUGCGGUGGACGAUCGACGCAAGAAGCUCCCCGUCCCCCAGACCUCUUACUUCGACGCCCUGCGCGCCAAACAAGAACCGCCCGCCCCUGUCCCAUCGCAAGACCGUCCCUCCACGCCGCCUCCCCCUGCCACCCCUUUACAAGAACCGAGCUCGACCCAGUCGCGACAAUCCGGCCAGCCGUCCAUGGGGAGCUUGGAGGCGGACCCGUGGGGCAGCCCCCAGCUGCAUCGUGGCCACGCCCAUACCCAGGCGCAGACCGAGUCCGAACACCCCGUGCUCAACGGGUUUGGGAGCGUGCGGUCCGGGACCAACGCCUGGUCGAGUCGAGCUAGUGAGGGGAACGCCCCGCAUGAAGCGCCAGAGAACACCCGUUCGAACGGUCGGGCCGACACGGCGCCCGCCAGUGCGGGGUUUGGAUGGGGAGAGAGUCUGGGAAACACAUCCGAUGGGGGUGGUGGGAUCGGCGGGCCUGUCCGAGCUGGACUUGGGGGCUUUGGGUCAACCGGAAGUGAGCAGGGCGAGCCGCAUCCGCGUCGGCGAUCGCUGGGGAUCGGCCGGGUCGCGAGCCCCCAUCUGGAAGAGGUGAUCACGGUCACACUGCUCCCGGAGAAGGAGGGCAUGUUCAUGUUCCAACAUCGCAACUACGAGGUGAAGUCCGCCCGUCGGGGAAGCACAGUUGUGCGACGCUACAGCGAUUUCGUCUGGCUACUGGACUGCCUCCACAAGCGAUACCCGUUCCGACAGCUGCCUCUCCUGCCCCCGAAACGCAUCUCAGUCAAUGGCACUCACCUUGCAGCGGAUUCCACUUCAUUUCUUGAGAAGCGGCGCAGGGGACUCGUUCGAUUUACCAACGCUCUCGUUCGGCACCCGAUUCUGAGCCAGGAGCAGCUCGUGAUUAUGUUUUUGACCGUUCCUACGGAACUCUCGGUGUGGCGUAAGCAAGCCACGAUAUCGGUGCAGGACGAAUUCGCGGGCAGAGAGCUACCACCCGACCUAGAGGACUCGUUGCCGUCGGAUCUCCCUGACAUGUUCGACACGGUGCGUAGUGGUGUAAAGAGGUCGGCGGAAGUGUAUAUCAACCUGUGCACGCUGCUCGAGCGUCUCGCGAAGCGGAACGAGGGACUUGCGGCGGAUCACCUACGGUUCUCUUUAGCGCUUCAGUCGUUGACGGAGGUGACGCGGGACACCUACGCGUUCGACACCAACGACGUGCCGUUGCUCAACGAGGGAAUCAAGGCGACAGCGAGACAUCUGUCCGCGAGCCAAAGCCUGCUAGAAGAUGAGGCGCGGGCGUGGGAGGAAGGGAUGCUGGAGGACCUCAAGCGGCAGCGAGACUGCCUGGUGGGAGUGCGGGAGAUGUUCGACCGGCGAGACCGGUACGCGCGCAACAACAUCCCCCAGCUGGAGCGGCGCAUCGAGAACAACGAGCGGAAGUUGCAGGAACUGCGGGCCCGGCCCCAGGGGACGGUCAAACCCGGGGAGGCCGAGAAAGUGGAGGAGGCAAUCUUCAAGGACAAGGAAUCGAUUGUGCAUCAGCACGCACGUGGGGUCUUCAUCAAGGAGUGCAUCCGCGACGAGCUCGUGUAUUUCCAGCAGAGCCAGUACCACAUCAGCCGGCUGCAUCAGGACUGGAGCCAGGAGCGGGUCAAGUACUCGGAGCUGCAGGCCGACAAUUGGCGGUCACUGAGCGAUCAGGUAGAGGGCAUGCCUCUAGGGGAUUGAUUGACUGACUGAUGACUCGAAUGGAUACCCCCGGGAUGAGCGUUCCGUCGCUCCGCGCGCGUAUUGUCUCGAUAUGUGAUUUGUCAGGGUUGAUUUUUGUAUCGCGUGUUUGUUUUGUAUUUUUCAUUUUUGCUUUUUUUUUUUUUUUUUGCCCUCCCUCCC